AUGUCCCGGGCGGAGGAGCGGGAGGAUCCGGACUGCGUGUGCUCGGUCGGGAUGAAGUCAACGUGGGACAUCAACGACCCCAAACUCCCGCAGGACACCAAGCAGUUCGACCUGUUCCAGGAGUGGACAGACGGUUAUGUCCGUUACAUCUACAGUGCUGAAGAUAAAAAUGCUCAGCGGCAUCUUUCCGGCUGGGCGAUGAGAAACACCAACAACCACAACUGUCAGAUCCUGAAGAAGUCGUGUCUCGGGGUGGUGGUGUGUUGUCGCGGCUGCACGCUACCGGAUGGAUCCAGACUGCAGCUCCGCCCGGCCAUCUGCGACAAGGCCCGGCAGAAGCAGCAAAAGAAGCUGUGUCCGAGCUGCAACGGCGCCCUGGAGCUGCUGCCAUGCCGCGGGCACAGUGGUUACCCCGUCACCAACUUCUGGAGAGUUGACGGAAAAGCCAUCUUCUUCCAGGCUAAAGGGGUCCAUGACCACCCGAGACCAGAGUCCAAGUCCGAGACUGAAGCAAGAAGAAGUUCUGUGAAGAGACGAGUCAGUUCCCCUGCGUUCACACCCAAGAGACGACUGAUUGAAACACAGGCUCUAGGCCCCGCCCUCCUCUCCUGCGUUGAACCCGCAGACAGAAUCUCCUUCAUUGAACCAAACUUUCCUCAGCAUUACCCAGCAUUCCAGAGCCCAGAGCCCUACUACAACCCCCACAAUGCCCUGGGAGAGGCCCCACCCACACUGCAGAAACAAGCCAAUCCCAGGCUUUACAUGGGCAGGCCUGGCUACGAGUUCCAAGGGUACCUGACGUCCCCUUCGUAUCCAGUGACUGCGGAUCUCUGUGACCCCAGGGUGGCUCCCGGCCUGGGUUCCUCCUCCUCCUCAUCUUCAUCGGCAGCUCCCCUCUCCUCUUCCUCGACCUUUGACCCUCAGACCAAACAUCCUCCAGGCUGGAAAGAGCUGCUGAAGAGCUCCGCCCCCUACGGAGACAACCACCAUUACUACAGCGCUGAGUACCCCUGCCGUUACCCCGGCAACGCCCCAGGGUCCCCCGCAGCACUACAGACCAUCAUCACCACGACAACCAAGGUUUCCUAUCAGCCGUGUCCCAAGCCUCCGGCGACGCUGCCCCCCUACCAGACGUGUGCCAAGCCUCCGGCCAGCCUACCGUCCUAUCAGCCGUGUGCUCCGCCCAAACCCGGCUUCCCCGGCUGCUCCUCGCUGAUGGAGGAUGCCGCCUCCUCCUCGUCGUACUCCACUGAGGUGAAGGUGACGGAGGAAUCUGGAGGAGUCAUCAAGUCUCUGUCAUUUCAGCCUGAGCCUCUGCAAACCAAAACAGAGCGGGCAGAUGGUUACGACUACCGCUACUCCUACCCCAACACGUACCGCUACGACGAAUACUGA